CUCGCCAUACGCCGCGGGUGCUCAUAUCGCCCCUAUGGAUUGAAGGCAGAUUUUCACUCUUUCAAUUAGUUCUUUCCAGACUAGCAGCUCACGAAGACACGCCGUCACAAUGUCGUCCUCCAAACCGCCGCAGAGCGGCAAUGCGGACUCCGGUUCCUCAGCGAAGCCGUUCUCUUUAUCACUAGGCGGAAAUUCCACAAGAGCACCAGCAAAUGGCCCGCCGAAAAAGACGUCCUUCAACAUUCAAGGCGCGGCGCGUUCCACCGACCCACCUAGCCGAACACUCGCGCGCCGACCUCACCACCUGCACGAUGACGAAGAAUCCGAUGAAGAAGCUGCGCCCACCCACGAAGCCGUCACCGGGUUCGACACCUUAACGGGAACCGCCAUCCCCGCAAACAAGGUGGAAGAAAAGCGCGAGCUGGUUAUACCCGUCGCCGGAAACAAUAAUUGGAGGGACCGCCCAAGCGUCAAUCUCCGGAAACCUAAGGGCAAGAACCUUUUGCCAAAGGAGGUUCAGGCCAUUCAGGAAGCGCAGAAAAGGGGCGAAGUUGCUGGAGAUAAUGUUGAGACAGAGCGUCCGAGUGUGGCUUAUGGAUUGACUUUUGCGCAGCCGGCUUCGCAGGAUUCAGCCCAGCCGACGGAUAAUGAUCGUUCGAUGAAGGAUGUUACUGGGCCUGCUGCUGAGGAAAAACGCAAGCCACUUACUCAGGAUGAGAUUGCUCUGCAGGCGCUUAUCCGGGAGACGAAGGGUGAGCCGGAGCGCAGGUCGGAUCUUGUUAUUGAGUCGGUUAAUCGGGAUGACGAUGAUCGGGCCGGAGGACGGUAUGAUGAGACCUCUUCGUUUCGAGCGGAUGUUGCGGCGCGCCCGGAAUCUGCGAGCUUGGAUCAGUAUAACGCAAUCCCGGUUGAGGAGUUUGGCGCUGCGCUACUUCGUGGUAUGGGGUGGAAGGAGGGUCAAGCUGUAGGAAGAGGAAAAUACGGUGGUUCUGCAAAUCAGGACAAUAAGCCGCGGGUCCCGGAGCGCCGUCCCGGGUUCCUGGGGAUCGGAGCAAAAGAUGUGUCUGGUGGGAAGGGUGCAGAGGCCGAGCUCGGCGCAUGGGGCAAGGCUGCCAUGCGGAAAGGCUCUAGGAAGGUAGGGAAGGAGGGCGAGUCCAACCCGGAGGGUGUAUAUAUGCCCAUUAUGAUGCGGAACAAGCAAACGGGCGAGUUCAUAACGGAGGAGGAACUUGCUGCGCAACGGAAGGAUGUCAAGAAACGGGGCGAUGAGGAUGAAUGGAAGCAACGACGCGAUCGCAAUUUGGAGAAGAGUGGCCGUGAUAGGGAUCGCGAUCGUGACUCCCGGCGUCGCGACUACGAUGACGAUGACAGUGAUCGCUAUGACAGACGCAGGACGGGAUCUUCAAGGAGAGACCGGAGUUUGUCAUCCAGUGACCGGCAUUCAAGACGGCGCAAAUACGAAGAUGAAGACAGUGACAGUCGAGAUGACCGCUACUACCGGGACCGGGACCGGGACCGGGAUCGUGACUAUCGCAGGGAUCGCGAUCGAAAUGGGGACCGGGAACGAGAGCGUGACAGGGACAGAGAUCGGGAUCGAGACCGCAGCAGACGGUAUCGAGAUGAUGAUCGCCAUAGUAGCUCGAGGCACUCUUCCUCGCAUACAUUGAGCAGACAUCGUGACCGUGAUAGGGAGCGAGACAGUGAUCGCGACUCUCGCCGGAGAAGGAGAGACGAUGAUCGAUGAUUUGAGGAAGACCUUUCAGUUUCAUAGACAUAUUCAAAUCCGCAUAUACUACUUAUGAUCUUGAUACCAUUUUUGUAUGACUAAGGGCGUGUGGAAG